AUGUCUAGCCAAAACGACAACAACACAAACAGAACCUACAACAAAACUGAACCAGAAACGACAACAACACAAACAGAAACUACAACAACACAACCAGAAACGACAACAACACAAACAGAAACUACAACAACACAACCAGAAACGACAACAACACAAACAGAAACUACAACAACACAACCAGAAAUGACAACAACACAAACAGAAACUACAACAACGGAACCAGAAACGACAACAACACAAACAGAAACUACAACAACGGAACCAGAAACGACAACAACACAAACAGAAACUACAACAACUGAACCAGAAACGACAACAACACAAACAGAAACUACAACAACUGAACCAGAAACGACAACAACACAAACAGAAACUACAACAACACAACCAGAAACGACAACAACACAAACAGAAACUACAACAACACAACCAGAAACGACAACAACACAAACAGAAACUACAACAACACAACCAGAAACGACAACAACACAAACAGAAACUACAACAACACAACCAGAAAUGACAACAACACAAACAGAAACUACAACAACGGAACCAGAAACGACAACAACACAAACAGAAACUACAACAACGGAACCAGAAACGACAACAACACAAACAGAAACUACAACAACGGAACCAGAAACGACAACAACACAAACAGAAACUACAACAACGGAACCAGAAACGACAACAACACAAACAGAAACUACAACAACGGAACCAGAAACGACAACAACACAAACAGAAACUACAACAACGGAACCAGAAACGACAACAACACAAACAGAAACUACAACAACGGAACCAGAAACGACAACAACACAAACAGAAACUACAACAACUGAACCAGAAACGACAACAACACAAACAGAAACUACAACAACACAACCAGAAACGACAACAACACAAACAGAAACGACAACAACACAAACAGAAACGACAACAACACAACCAGAAACAACAACAACACAAACAGCCACAACAACAACAGUACCAGAAACUACAACAACACAAUCAGCCACAACAACAACUGUACCAGAAACAACAACAACACAACCAGCCACAACAUCAACUGUACCAGAAACAACAACAACACAAUCAGCCACAACAACAACUGUACCAGAAACAACAACAACACAAUCAGCCACAACAACAACAGUACCAGAAACAACAACAACACAACCAGCCACAACAACAACUGUACCAGAAACAACAACAACACAACCAGCCACAACAACAACUGUACCAGAAACAACAACAACACAACCAGCCACAACAACAACAGUACCACAAACUACAACAACACAAUCAGCCACAACAACAACAGUACCAGAAACAACAACAACACAAUCAGCCACAACAACAACAGUACCAGAAACAACAACAACACAACCAGCCACAACAACAACUGUACCAGAAACAACAACAACACAAUCAGCCACAACAACAACUGUACCAGAAACAACAACAUCACAAUCAGCCACAACAACAACUGUACCAGAAACAACAACAACACAAUCAGCCACAACAACAACUGUACCAGAAACAACAACACAAUCAGCCACAACAACAACAGUACCACAAACUACAACAACACAAUCAGCCACAACAACAACUGUACCAGAAACAACAACAACACAAUCAGCCACAACAACAACAACAGUACCACAAACUACAACAACACAAUCAGCCACAACAACAACAGUACCACAAACUACAACAACACAAACAGCCACAACAACAACAGUACCACAAACUACAACAACACAAUCAGCCACAACAACAACACAAUCAGCCACAACAACAACACAAUCAGCCACAACAACAGCAGAAACGGCAACAAUCCCGAUUGUAGGCGGUUCACAAUUGGCGAGUACUGAUGAAGCCUGGGUUGCACCCGUUUCUGUUAUUGGUGCUAUCGCUGCAGCUGGUGGCACCUUAUUAGCUGCAUUUAUACUUCUUGUGAAAUUCACCAAAGUUUUUGCAAUGCCAAGUGGUGUACCGGGACUAAUAACAUCAGAUGUUGAAGCUGGUAAUAUUGAAAUGGGGUCGAGUAAACCUUCAACCUCUGGCCAAAACAUAGAACAAGAGACAGAAAUGAAUGAUGAAGUAGAACAAGAGACAGAAAUGAAUGAUGAAGGAGAACAAGAGACAGAAAUGAAUGACGAAGGAGAACAAGAGACAGAAAUGAAUGAUGAAAUAAAUGAGGAUGAAUCUGUGGAAGAGCCGAACUUAGAGAAAGAAGGGGAGGAGUCGACGGAAAUUUAG